UAUUCUAUACAAUAUCAUAAACACAUACAAAAUAUUCAUUAUAGCAUUGUUUUCAGCGUUGUUUCCGAAGUAAAAUGUUGUCACAGGCACAGCUUUCGUAGUAGCUCCCAUGUACAGGCUUGAUUUAUAGUAUUCCCAAAAUAGGCGUCUCGUUAGUGUGGUAAUAGGUCGCCUGCGAUGGGAUGGGCGAUCCUAGUGCUAUGUGUCGCUGUUGCCUUGGUCAUUCUGUUUCUUGGGCUAGUUUUUUUGUACUUGCUAGCAGAAGGACCGACUCCCGAACAGGCGGAGGCAGCUACGCGUCAAACGCCAAUAUUAUCAGAACCGCAUGUGGUUCGGCCCCCAAGAAAACGACGACAACUUACUCCGGAGGAAGAACUCCAUAAACUUGAGCAACUCUAUGAACUGAAAAAGGACAUUAUAGAACGAAAAGGUGCUUUUGAAUCUUCCCUAUCGGCUUCUCUCGAAGUUCUCGAGACCAGGGAUCACCCAUCCCCAAAGUACCGACGUAAGAUCACAAGGCGUGAGUUUCCUUCUGAGACUCCAUCUGUUACUCCGAGUGUAAAAGAGAAGCCAGAAGGACGAGAGGUAGUGCCGCCAGAAACUAAAAAGAAGGAUUCUGAUGUAAAAACAGAAAAGCCGGUAAAAAAAUCCGAGAAAAAAAUUAAAUCCGUAUCCCCAACAACUAAGAGGGGAAAGAAAGAAUCGGUCAUCAAAAAAUCGAAGCGAAGUAGAAAGCAUACCAGAUGGCCAAAAUCUGUAGUUGUUGUCAAGGAAGCUCGGCGGGAUACUCAAAAGAGGGUUUCAGUGAAACCAGAAAAGCCUCCUAUUAAAGAGCAGGAACAGCCCGCUAGCAAAAAACCUCCGAGCGAAGAGCGCCCUAUUAAGGAAGCGCCAACCCAGGAACGCCCAAGUAAAGAGAGUAGACCUAGUGAGGAGAGACUUAGCUCGGAGUCAUCAAGCGAGGAGCUCCCUAGCUCGGACCUAUCAAGCAAGGAAUUUUCAAGCUCGGAUAUACCGAGCAUGGAACUACCCGCUAAAACAGAACCGGCACAAAAAUUAUCAGCCCAAGAACGGUUAAGUGAAGAACUGUCAAGCAAAGAAUCACCUACACCGUCUACACCAGAACUGCCUACCACAGAAACGCUUAAAAUACCAGAGGUUAAAAAAGAACAACCCAGCCGCUAUGUAGUAGGUCAAGUAUCAGCUUAUACCUCGGUUUCAGAUCAGACGUUGCUUGGGGACACUUCGACGAUUACACCGUCGCAACCUCCACCUCCAAAAGACGAAGACGUGAAGCCACAGGAGGAUGUUGAUACUCGAACAUUGCAUAGAAUUCCGGAACAACUGACUAAGCCAAUACCGGUUCAGCUCCUCAAGACACAGGCCAUACCUGGAGGGGAACCAGUUUCUAAAAAAGGCAAACCGAAAUCACCUAAGAAAGCUAAGGGAAAGGCAAAAUCGGCGAAAAAGAAAAAAGGCAAAGAUGGAAGAAAGAAACAAAGGGCAAAGUCGCCGAAGGAGAAAAAAGGUCAGAAAGCAAAAUCACCUAAAAAAGGUAAGAAUGCAAAAACACAAUCACCAAAGGCUAAAUCGCCAAAGAAAGGCGAACCUUCAAAGCAAAAGUCACCAAAAAAAAGACCAGCCAAAAUGUCAAAAUCACCGAAGUCGCCUAAAAAAGGAAAAGCGCCCCCGAAAGGAAAGUCGACAAAGCAGCAAUCGCCGCGCCCAAAUCAAGGAUCCCCAAAAGGCAAAAAAGGCAAGAAAAAACGCAAACCAAAGAAGUGAAGUUAUAAAAAGAAGUUGAUUCGGGAAAGCGUAGAAAGAUCCGAAAAUAGCGUUGGAGAAUGCCUACAAUGACAGCUACUACCAAAGAUGGCCGCGCACGAAGAUGAAUCAAGGCGAGCGAGGUCGCUUACCAGUAGCUAUCAUCACCGAGUGAUAAUCUUCAUUACUACUGCUACCACAACAAUACAGCGAUCAUCUUCAGUUGUUCGUCAAUAUAUGACAAAGUUAUAUGAUAAAUUGCUGUUGAUGAUCUUCAUCCUAAGGGAAAUCCAUGGAACCUUGGAGCUGGAUACAUUGUCGGCACUGGGUAUAUCAGCCGCUCGGUAUUCAUUCGCGCCUGAUCACUCGAGUAGUAACGUUCGAUGUUUAGCCAUUGCCAAGCCGGCAUAAAGGUCAAAUCGCAGCCCGACUGAUGGAUCAUCAAGCUAAGAAGGACCAGUCGAUAUCGAACGAAAUUCGCUAAAGUCACUGUCGAGAGGCGCACGGGUAUUGGCGAUGGGACUGGAAAACAGAUAACAGCGUUGUAACAAGCUCGCACUGGAUUUAUCUGGCAAAACCCAAGCGUAAGAGGGGACAAGAACUAAAAAUGCUGCUGACCACGACGCUGAAGUCAGAUUUCUACGGACGACCUUCCGUUAAUUAACCGGUCACCCCUGUACCCCUUCAGCCGUAGCUGUUAUGCAGUACAUCAAAGCAAGUGGUAAAGGGUAGUGACAUUGUUACUUAUUUAGAUUCAGUCGCUUAUGCACGUUUUACAGUCUACCGGCUUAAGUGUUCGUAGCAUUUUUCCGUCUGUUCAGCUAAUUCGUCGUUUUUAACAAAUACAAGCACCAUAUAGGUAACACCGAACGAAGCGAGAAGUUCAACUUUGUCUACAUACGUUUUUUCUAUCGAAAGUAGAGUCGACUACGGGUAAGCUUGGGGUUGAACCAAGUCGCUUAAUGUCAGUUUUUAUACACAACCGAGAAAGUUAAUUUCACAAACAGAUAAACGUCACUAGGUGAACCUAGGCUAGAGGAGUGCUUGUCGCGGUAACAUUACAAGCGCAGCCAUUUGUUCUACGGGCGAUCAUAAUUUGACUGAAGCUUUCUAUAACGGU